UUUUCUGGUUUCUUCUUGUUAUAUUUUCUGGGGAAAAAAAGGUAUCACCAGAAAGUAGUUUGGAUUCUUAGUCUCUUAUCAGAUUUUAGAUUCGGAAGUUACCCAGAAUAGCAAAGCUGUGCACUGUUUGAGUCGGCUAAAGCUAUUUUUUGCGGUAUCCCCCUUCUCUUUUUCUGGGCUUCACUCUCUUUCAACUAUUUUCGGGUGCUUUUCCGUACUGCUUGUGUGAGCGAGCACGCUCUUUGUUUGGCUUCACUUUCCUUGAAAUUUCUUGUUGUUUGGUGAACCCUUUGAAGGUGGGGGUUAAUGGUGGAUGUUUUCUUUUCGUUUUCGAGCUUAUCUUCAACGUGUUCUUCCUCUUCUCAACCUUUUAUUCUCGCAAGGAAUCUCUUCUUUCCCUCUUUCUUCUUACUUCACAGUUCACUCUCGAUCCCAAAUGAAGAAGAAAAUGGAUUGUUUUCUUGUUCCUUCGUUGAAAUACACUGAACACCGCCAUCAAACAACGCUGCUUUCACCGCCGUUGGAUGUCGGGAUCCAAAAUCAGCCAGGAAUGAAGCGUCGGGUUGUUCGGAUUUCAGUUACGGAUGCCGACGCUACUGAUUCCUCCUCCGACGAAGAAGAAGAACGAAGUUGUUAUCGAAACAGAGUGAAGAAAUACGUUAACGAGAUAACUAUCGAGUUAUCAUGCCCCGUCAAAAGAGACACCGUUUUAAGGAGUAAAUCGUCGUUGUCGAAGAGCUCUCGAAAGCGACCGGCGGGUAAGAAGUUCAGAGGAGUAAGGCAACGGCCUUGGGGAAAAUGGGCGGCUGAGAUCAGGGACCCGCAAAGACGUGUACGGUUAUGGUUAGGUACCUAUGAUACAGCCGAGGAAGCAGCAAUGGUAUACGACAACGCGGCUAUUAAAUUGCGUGGUCCCGACGCGCUCACGAACUUUUUGACUCCCAAGGAGGAAACGAUCCAAUUCGAAAACAGCCAAAAGCCGUUAUCCAGCUCAGACUACAACUCCGGUGAAGAAUCUCAACACGCAAAACUUCGCUCUCCGACCUCCGUUCUCCGUUUCCCGUCGCUCUCCGCCCACGACGGCGACUCUCAAAGCAUCAGAGAUCCACGAGAAUCUGUGAGCCAACCUCGCGACGUCAUGGAUGAGUCCUGCUUCAUAUCGGGAGAAAGUUUCUCAGAUUUCUCCGAUCAUUCAUCGUUGUUCCCGAGUGAUAUAUUCAGCUCGGUGCCGGGAUUAUUCGACGGCAAUACGGAUUGUUUGCUGAAAGAUGAUUUCGGGUACGGGUUUUUGAGCUCGGGUGGGGAUUUCGAUUUCGGAUUCAGUGGGUUAUCGGGGUUGCAACGUGUCGACGAUCAUUUCCAAGAUAUCGAGGAUUUGUUCGGGUCGGAUCCUCUCGUGGCAACUUAAGAGUGCUUUUCCGGCGAUUCCAUGGCAAGUUUUGGAUCGCUGGGAAGU